UUGUCUAGGAAUUAAUUGCUCAAGAAAUGACAGAACUGGGGAUUUACAAAUUGGACAAUGGACGAAGUUACCCUUCAAACUGUUUCCCUAUAAGAUCAUUUUUUCUUCCAAGAAAUGAAGGGGCAGGACACUGGCUUGUAGCACAAAGAAAUGCACUGGACGAGGAAAUAUCAAAAAGGAAGAACAUUUCAGAUGUGGAAGUGCAUUUUGGGAAAGAAGGAAAGGGAGUGCAAGCAAGCAACACUUUAGAUGCUCAACUUUUAAUUACACUGCAUUGUGUGGAUAAACCCUCUGACCUGUGUUCUGUUAACAUCAGUGGCCAGCGUUUGCGAACAGUAAAACUUGAAGGUUUGGAACAAUUUGAUAGCAUUGCUUCCAUAAAUGCUUCUGAUAACCAUUUAACCUUAGAGCCUUUUGGCAGGUUUCCUGCACUAAGGGAAUUGGAACUGUCGCUGAACAGUCUCCAUAAAUUAGAGAUUCAUGCUGACGACUUCAAGAAAUUGGAAGUGCUGGAUUUAUCCUUUAAUAAUAUCACAGGAGAAAGUAUAUUAAAUCUAGGCCUGUUACCAUGUCUGAAGGUGCUCCAUCUAACUGGAAACCAACUGCAGAUGCUUCCUCUCAACAUGGCUGGAUCUUGUAACCAUCCUGAGGAAAACACCGCUCAAGGUGUCUCUCUAUUUGGAAGUUUGAAGGUUUUGAUGCUUGAUGACAACAAAUUAUCUUCUCCAGGAGUGUUUACGAGCCUUGCUAACAUAAAGAGGCUUCGCCAUUUAAACUUACAAGGAAAUUUGAUCUCAGGAGUUCCAUUCUUAGAACAAAUGACAACAUUGGAAGAUUCCCAAGCAGGCAAUAUACCACAAAGCAUUGGGCAAAGUCCAAGCCUGAUGAAUAACAAGAGGAGAACAUACUCAGAAAUCAAAAGGAUCCACAAAACAAUAGAAAAAACAUUGGAGGAGGACAAAGCUUGUCUCCAAAUGCAUUCGGAUCACUUAAAAUACCUUGAUCAGAGAAAGAAGGAUUGGCACUCCCUCAAUCAAUGCCUUCCAUUUCCAGAACUUCGUCAUCUGAAUUUAGCCAACAAUGAGAUAGCUGAGGAAGAGGCAUUGUUGCCCGUGGCAUUGUUUCCAAAGCUCAGUGAGCUUGUUAUUCAUUCAAACCCCUUAACAACUCAGAAAAGUGGCGACCCACCAAUGCUGACCAGUUUUCUUCAGGACAAGUUGGGUAUUAAGAUAACACGCAAAAAGACAACUGAUCACUUUAAGCGACAUGUUAUCUGUCCUAAAAGAAAGGUGAAAACUACAACUUCAAUUACACCAAAAUUAGAUUCAAUCAUGACAAGUCCUCAUGCCACAGAAGGGGCCUGCUCAAAGAAAUUUACCAGAGAAGAUUGUCUUCUACCCUCAGCAUAUGGGUUAAUGCAUGUAUUUGACUUGCCAUCUCAAAUAAGCAUCAAAGAUGAGGAAGGUAUUUCCGUAGGCCAGGAACAUUUUGACUUCACGUAUGCAGACCUAUCAUUCGAGAUGAAAAAUGAAGAGUCCUUCUUUGUGACGGAGGUUAAUGAACUCAAUGAAUCAGAAUACCAGAAAGACUCAUAUGAUGCACAAGAAACCAAACUAAAGGUAAAAAGAUGCAGCAAAGCCUGUCCAGAAAAACUGAUUGGUUAUGAAAUCUUACUUGGUGACACAUCUGGGCCAGAAAUGCCUGAGACUUCUGGAAUUCAGCAUGCCGUUAAUGUUCUGGAGCACACGCUCAAAAACUUGCUUGUAUAUCGAGAUUCUAAAGCAAAUGUGGACAUUCCUCAGAAGCCGUACGUCGAGAGAGAGAGAAAGAUUAAAAAUUUGCCGCCUUGGGAACCAAAGAAGUUGAGGGGAAAAGUAGUCGAUGGACUUCUUGACCAAAUAAAAGAGACGAAAACAAUAAGCAAAGAUCCCUUGGAUAAUAUACUGGAAGGAGGGAAUAAUGUUGAUAAGAGUGAAUACAAGGAAGCACUGACCCUGCUGAAGGACUUGAAGAGAAAGUACAGUACAGCCCAUCUGAAAAGAGUGGAACAAGCAGCACAGAUUGAGACAGAGAAGAUGUGUAAUGUAAACUAACAGGUGCAUUACUUUCUACUUUUUAUGGAUCUGUGUCAUUUAGAUUGGAGGGCUGUUUUACUCAUAAC